AUGGCGGCUACAGCAGCAGCAGAAACAACAGCAGAAGCCGCAGUAGCAGCAGCGAGCACCGACAGACCGCAACCAGGCAGCGGCAACAGCAGCAGCGAGCACUGGGAAGCGGCGACCAGGUGGAAGCAGCAGCAGCAGCACGAGCACCGGGAGACACCCAGGCGCCAGCGGCAGCAGCAGCAGCAGCGAUCACCGGGAGAUGGCAACCAGACGGUGACGGCAGCAGCAGCAGGAGCAGCGGGCACUGGGAAGCAGCGACCAGGCGACGGAGGAAGUAGCAGCAGCUGUACUGACCACUGGGAGGCAGCAAACAGGAGUCGGAGGCAGCAGCAGUAG